GGAUCGGUCAACUCUAAUAUAAAAGAGCUUUCUAUCUCCUCGCCUUUUCUCUCUUCUUUUUUGUCUUGGUCUUGUGCUGAAUCUUACUCUUCUGGAACACACACAACAUAGCUGGCCUCACUUUCUCCCAACUCGAGAACACACAUCACACACCCAACGCGUCGUCAGUAAUCUCCGUUUCGAAAGCAUCAGCAUGUAUCCAAGAAUCCCGCCGCUAGAUUUAAAAGGUGGUCAGUGCACCUGGUGUGGCAAAUACGGACAUCAGCACAAAGUGUGUCCUUAUCUCAAGUGAUUUCCCCGUCUCUUUCUCUUUUUGUUGGCCGGCUAACAAACUACAGCAAUGCUAUUAUUACAACCACAACCAUGAUGCUUAAUCGCUCAUGCUUUGUGCUCUACCAAUUCCGCCCUCUCUCGCUCUUCUGUCUCGGGGAGAAUGAAGGUCUAACUUGCUUUUGUUUUAUAUUUUGCUCUUCUCUUUCAAUCUCUUUCGUUUUCUCAUGUAUAACUGCUUGGCACUAUAUCCACUACCUUACCUCAUCCAUCAUUUCUUUUUCUUUUGCAGCUGCAACCGCCUUUCUCGCUCUCGCUCUCUUCCCUCAUGCUUUCUUUUCCUUGUAUAUACGCAUCAUCCAUUCAUCAUUCUUCUCGCUCUAUCUCUCCAAAAAGUACGUUUCUUUUCGUUUCAUCAUGCUUUUCCUUUUUCUUUUAUACGGCUCUUUCUCUCUAUCUCUCUACAUAUAAACCCAUUGUAUAAAACCACGAACAAAAAGCAAAAAUUACAUACUACUUCACUAUGAUAUAUACACAAAAAUCCAUCCAUUUCCUAAAAGUUGUCAACCCCUCACAUUUCUUUUAUCUGUAUUAUGUACUGUUAAAAAAACGCAACUUAAAGAAUUAUAUAUAUAAUAAAAAAAGCUUCUUCUUUGUACUAUC